GACCAGAGCCUCCAACAACCCAGCCUGACUCUGACUUCACCCACUGAAGCUCUACUGAGGAAGACCGGGCCCUUUGAACCUGCCAUAUUUAAGGCUUCAUUGUUUUUUAGACUAGUUGGAUUUCUUCUGAGGAUCUCUCUGGAAACGUUGCCAACAUGUCGACGGCUUUGGAAGCAACCGGGUUCAUCAUGUGCAUUAUCAGCUGGCUGGUCACUGGAGCGUCGCUGGCAAACGACUACUGGAAGAUCUCCUCCGUGUCCGGCAGCGUCAUCAUCUCCCAGAGGCAGUUUGAGAACUUGUGGCAUGCCUGCGCCGAGAACAGCGCCGGUAUCGCCGAGUGUAGAGACUUUGAAUCGCUCCUCGCCCUCCCCGCUCACGUCCAGGCGUGUCGUGCUCUAAUGAUCAUCGCUCUGCUGCUCGGCCUCGCCUCCAUGAUCGUGUCUCUGCUCGGGCUGAAGUGCAUCAAAAUUGGGUCGGCCACCGACCAAUCCAAGGCCAAGAUCGCUGUCACUGGAGGAAUCCUGAGCAUCCUCGCUGGUCUGUGCUGCAUGAUAGCAGUUUCCUGGUACGCCUACAGAGUCGUGCAGGACUUCUACGACCCUUUCGUCGGUGGUGAGAAGUUUGAGCUGGGUACUGGCCUCUACUUGGGAUGGGGUGCAUCUUGUCUGUCCAUCCUGGGUGGGAGUCUUCUCUGCUCCGCCUGUAAGAGAGCAUCACCUGAACGCAAGAAAGGCGCUUACUAUGGAAACAAGACAAAGAUCUACACGGCGACAGCCAAGUCCGAUCCAGAUUCAGCCAGAGCUUACGUCUAACCACGCACAAACACACAUCUGUACAUUUUUAAGGGCAUUGCUUAUUUCCUGACGUCCCUAACUUUGACCUGGUCCUGAAGUUUUAAAAAUAUGUUUUAUUAGGACGCCAGCUGUUUGUCCCCAGAUGGGAUGACAGUCCCCACAAUGUAAUGAUUACAGGAAAACACACACCAUCACAUGUACUCAAACAUGCCAUAUCUACUGACUGCAUUGGUCUCUUAAAAUAUGGAUAUGUAGUUCUUUUUCUGUCCUUUUGAAAUGUUUGUUUAUUUUUUUAAAGAGUUUCUGAGGUGAUUUUCUAAAAUUCUAGAUCUAGAGAAGACAUUUGAAUUAAUCAAUGACUGUUAAUGAUUGUAUAAUUCUGUCUGGAGUUUAUUUUUAUCGGAAUAAAGUUUGUAUUACAUACCA